AUGUCUGCCGUUGCCACGCCUGUGUCCGAAAAGGAAUUCACUAGCAAGUUUCUUACUUUGGCUACACUUAAUGAACCGGUCUUAUCAUCAAACUAUCAAAAGUCUUUAAAAGAUGUCAGUGCUUUAGGUGUUGCAUUGCCUGCAUUGAAAUACAGAUACAACCCAAAGAGAGUUAAGAAGAACCAAGAAAAGAGAUCUUUAACUAAUGGUCAAUCCAAUGGAGAAGUCUCCGUAACUUUGAAAAGUAUUAGAAAUCCAAAAUUUGUAUUGACUCAAUCCUUUCAAACUAACGAUACAAUUUUACAAAUUAAACAAUAUUUAUUAGAGGAAAAGAAAGUCGAACAAUUAGGUCAAUUGAAAUUAUUAUUGAAAGGGAAAGUUCUGCACGAUAAUAUACUUCUAUUGGAACUUGAUCCUUCAAGUGACAUUGUCAUAAAUGUCAUGAUUUCUCCACCUAAACCAACAACGACAACAACAACAGAUGCACCUCAGAAAGUAGAGGAUAAUGAACCAGUACAAGAAUCAAUUUCAGAUUUAGAAAACAUAACUUUACCUUGGAAUGAUAUAGAAACCUUACUAAAUUCAAAACUUAACAACCCAGAAGAGGUUAAUUUUGCCAUGGAUAAAUUAAAGAAGGGUUGGACUUUAGCUAAAUAG